AUGGAUUCAGCCGAGGUUCGUCAGCGCAAGCCCACCGCCGCAGAGCCCACCACCGCGGAGCUCCAGGAACACUCGAGUAAACCGCCCACCGAACCUCGCCUCAAAUAUGGCAUAUCCAUGCAGAUCGUUCGCUCGCUACUGCUGUCGACCUGGUUCGACUGCUGCUGCAUCGUCAUCUUCGCGACCCAACUGAUCGGCUCCCCGCUCUACCUGAUCCACAAAGACUACUACUACUCGUACAUGGCGUUCACAAAACAAUGUUUCGGACUGGCAAUCACGGCUCUCACGCAGUGGGCAGCUCCCACUCUCUUUAGAGUUAGCGGAGAUGCCAGCGUGCGCGGCCAGCUCCAUCUAUCGGAUGAUGGGCUGCUGCGCACGACAUUCCCAGAACGACUGGUUCUAAUUGCCAACCACCAGGUCUACACCGACUGGAUUUAUCUGUGGUGGUUCGCCUACACCAAUGUGAUGCACGGACGUGUGUUCAUCAUUUUGAAGGAGUCGCUCAAGUAUAUUCCUGUGGUGGGUCAGGGCAUGAUGUUCUACGGCUUCAUCUUCAUGGCCCGAAAAUGGAUUUCGGACAAGCCGCGGCUGCAGCAUCGUCUGGAGAAACUCAAGACACAACAUUCGGGCUCACACUCGGGUCAGCCCAAAUAUGACCCCAUGUGGCUGCUCAUGUUCCCCGAAGGUACCAACCUCUCGAUCAACACCAAGCGGAAGAGUGAUGCGUUCGGCCUCAAGCAAGGGUAUCCCUCCUUCAAGCAUCAGAUUCUGCCCCGGUCGACUGGCCUGUUCUUCUGUCUGCAACAGCUGCGAGGGACCGUAGAUUGGGUGUACGACAGUACCAUUGCCUAUGAGGGUCCACCUAAGGGCAGCUACCCCGACAAAUAUUUCACUCUCCGCUCUACAUACCUCCAAGGCCGACCCCCUACCUCGGUCAAUGUACACUGGCGACGAUUUGCCAUGGCCGACAUCCCACUGGACGACCAGCAAGAAUUUGAUGCCUGGCUUCGAGCUCGAUGGGCCGAGAAGGAUGAGCUCAUGGACCAUUACUUUGAGACUGGUAGAUUCCCCUCUGAGUUGGCCGGGAGUAUUGAGUCUAAAAAUCCGACCGAGGAGCAAAAGGUGGCUCUGGAAGCUGGUUUUGUAGAAUGCAAUGUCCGUCUGCACCACUGGGCUGAGCUUGGUCAGAUCUUCAUGGUGUUGGCGGGUGUGGCCCUUCUGUGCCGGUCUAUUGGCAGCUGGAUCGGUUGA